CUGUAGAAAUUCCCACUGGCAACGCUAGUCGACCAGUUUUCAUUCGUAUUGGCGUGUGUGUUGUUUGUACAACAAAACGUUCUGGUUGUUUUAUUUGCAAGUAUUUAAGCCAGAAACAAAGUGAAUAAGGCAAAUUUGAAUAAAGCAAACGAAUAAACCAAGGAAAUAUGCUCAGAAAACGCAUCCGUAGCCUACUUAUCGCAUGAAGAACCGGUACCGUUAACGGAUAAUCGCCGUCGCGUUAAUUCGACUCCUGCACCGCACCGCCCCGCCCCCCUUCGCCGUUUCGUCUGUUCAUAUAUCCGAUAUAACCGUUAUCGCGCCCGUGCAUCUGCGUCUGCAUCUGUGUGCGUGAGUCCUUGUAUCCUCUGUACAUAUGUACAAUAUUUGUCGUCGUCGUCGUCGUGCAUCGUUGUUGUUGUUCUUGCUGUUAUCCUAUUAUUCAUCGUCGUCCGCUGGCAUUAAUCUGCGUAUAAAGUAAAUAUAACAAAUUUGUGUUCUUCGGUGUUGUCUCGUGUAAGUGUCUAUAAUUUGUUUAAGUACGACAAGCGAUCGGUGCGAAUCAAAAAAUUCCAAUUCACCAGUCUGUGUGUGCGAAUCGAUAAUCGAGCUAUCAGAACAACCACAACAACAACAACAGCAACCCAAUCAAUCGAUCAAUGUCAGCAAACAAACGAUAAACAGGACUCGCUGGGACUAAUCAAUUGCGUAAUCUUCAGAAUAUUUUGGAUCCCAACGUCCACGGAGUUUCAACUUUUGAACAAUUCAUUCUGCUGGACAGUUUUUGAAAAGAAAUGACUGAACUUUCAUCCCGCAACCCAUUCGUUCGCCCAUAAAAACCCAGAGACAAUUUAAGCCCUGUUAUGAAAAGUUGUUGAACAAAAAAUUUAUCAAUAUAUUUUGAAAUAAUUUAAAAUCAAUUUAAAGUAAAGGGUAAAUGCAGCUGCAAUAACUCUAAAACACGCACAACCAAGCCAAACAAACAGCAAAUCAAAUCCAUUUAGCUGCAAUAAAGUUAGAGGCAAAGGCACACACAGAAAAUCAACAAAUAAUAAAUGUUGCAAAUUUAAUCAAACCAACUGAAAUUUAACUAAAUUUUAUGCAAAAUAGAAAUGUUAAAUUCACACAACACAAACCACAAUAACAACAGCGGCAGCAACAGCAACUACAACAAAGGCCACAAAAUGCAUUUGAAAAGUGCAACGGCAAAAGCAACAAUAAUGAAACAUAAGUUAAGCAAAUUUUACGGAUACGGUUGGAUGCAAGUCUUCCUACUACUUACAGUCCUCGUGAUUGGUAAUCAAAGUGCCUGGCAGGAGAAUAUACGACCAAAACUCUACGUUGAAUUAGGUCCCGAAGAUGUACUGAAGUUUGUGGGCAACGAAAGUGUUGUGGAUCACUUCAAGCUCGUCACCAAGGAUGGCAACAGUCUGCUCAUCGGUGCCAGAAACACGGUUUUUAAUUUAAGCAUACACGAUCUCGUCGAGCAGCAGCGAUUGGUCUGGACAUCGCCGGAGGAUGAUACCAAAAUGUGUCUCGUCAAGGGCAAGGAUGAGGAGGCCUGCCAGAACUACAUCCGCAUCAUGGUGGUGCCAUCGCCGGGUCGCCUCUUCGUUUGCGGCACCAACUCGUUCCGGCCCAUGUGCAACACGUAUAUCAUUAGUGACAGCAACUACACGCUGGAGGCCACGAAGAACGGACAGGCGGUGUGCCCCUACGAUCCCCGUCACAACUCCACCUCUGUGCUGGCCGACAACGAACUGUAUUCCGGUACCGUGGCGGAUUUCAGUGGCAGCGAUCCGAUUAUCUACCGGGAGCCCCUGCAGACCGAGCAGUACGAUAGCCUAAGUCUCAACGCCCCGAACUUUGUGAGCUCAUUUACGCAGGGCGACUUUGUCUAUUUCUUCUUUCGGGAGACCGCCGUUGAGUUCAUCAACUGCGGCAAGGCGAUUUAUUCGCGCGUUGCCCGCGUCUGCAAAUGGGACAAAGGUGGCCCGCAUCGAUUCCGCAACCGCUGGACAUCCUUCCUCAAGUCCCGCCUUAACUGCUCCAUUCCCGGCGAUUAUCCUUUCUACUUUAACGAAAUCCAAUCUGCCAGCAAUCUGGUGGAGGGACAGUACGGCUCGAUGAGCUCGAAACUGAUCUACGGAGUCUUCAACACGCCGAGCAACUCGAUUCCCGGCUCAGCGGUUUGUGCCUUUGCCCUCCAGGACAUUGCCGAUACGUUUGAGGGUCAGUUCAAGGAGCAGACUGGCAUCAACUCCAACUGGCUGCCAGUGAACAACGCCAAGGUGCCCGAUCCUCGACCCGGUUCCUGUCACAACGAUUCGAGAGCGCUUCCGGAUCCCACACUGAACUUCAUCAAAACACAUUCGCUAAUGGACGAGAAUGUUCCGGCAUUUUUCAGUCAACCGAUUUUGGUUCGGACGAGCACAAUAUACCGCUUCACUCAAAUCGCCGUAGAUGCGCAGAUUAAAACUCCUGGCGGCAAGACCUAUGAUGUUAUCUUUGUGGGCACAGAUCAUGGAAAGAUUAUCAAGUCAGUGAAUGCUGAAUCCGCCGAUUCUGCGGAUAAAGUCACCUCCGUAGUCAUCGAGGAGAUCGAUGUCCUGACCAAGAGUGAACCCAUUCGCAAUCUGGAGAUAGUCAGAACCAUGCAGUACGAUCAACCCAAAGAUGGCAGCUACGACGAUGGCAAAUUAAUCAUUGUGACGGACAGCCAGGUGGUAGCCAUACAAUUGCAUCGUUGUCACAAUGACAAAAUCACCAGCUGCAGCGAGUGCGUCGCAUUGCAGGAUCCGUACUGCGCCUGGGACAAAAUCGCUGGCAAGUGCCGUUCCCACGGCGCUCCCCGAUGGCUGGAGGAGAACUACUUCUACCAGAAUGUGGCCACUGGCCAGCAUGCGGCCUGCCCCUCAGGCAAAAUCAAUUCGAAGGAUGCCAACGCUGGGGAGCAGAAGGGCUUCCGCAACGACAUGGACUUAUUGGAUUCGCGACGCCAGAGCAAGGAUCAGGAAAUCAUCUACAAUAUUGAUAAGAACUUUGAAGGUCCCCAAAUCUCUGCAGAUAUAAUCAACGCCCAGUACACUGUGGAGACCCUCGUGAUGGCCGUUCUGGCCGGUUCGAUCUUCUCGCUGCUGGUCGGCUUCUUUACAGGCUACUUCUGCGGUCGCCGUUGCCACAAGGACGAGGACGACAAUCUGCCGUAUCCGGAUACGGAGUACGAGUACUUCGAGCAGCGGCAGAAUGUCAAUAGCUUCCCCUCGUCCUGCCGCAUCCAGCAGGAGCCCAAGCUGCUGCCCCAGGUGGAGGAGGUGACGUAUGCGGAGCCAGUGCUCCUGCCCCAGCCUCCGCCGCCCAAUAAGAUGCACUCGCCCAAGAACACGCUGCGCAAGCCCCCGAUGCACCAGAUGCACCAGGGUCCCAACUCGGAGACCCUCUUCCAGUUCCAGCCCGACGGCUACAACACCCAGCAGUCGUAUCGCGGUCGCGACAACUUCGGAACACUGCGUUCCCACCAGGUGAUGGGCGACAAUUACAGGCGCGGCGAUGGCUUUUCCACCACCCGCAGCGUCAAGAAGGCUGUAAACAACACAAACACACGUAACAGAAGUCUUGGUCGCGCAAGAAGACAGCCGCCCCGUCAUGGCAUUGUAACUCAACACCGCUCGAAUAGCCCCCAGCAGCAGCAGUCGCAGCAGCCGCACUCCAGUUCUGGCUCCUCGCCCGUAAUGUCCAACAGUAGCAGCAGUCCGGCUCCGCCCUCCAGCAGUCCCAGUCCGCAGGAAAGCCCCAAGAACUGCAGCUACAUCUACCGUGAUUGA